CAUAAAAAGUCACUAAAAAGUAAAAACAUCACUGCAUAGUAUUCCACGAGAGAUCUCCAUUAUUUUCAUUUGCCAUUUAUUAUUUUUAAUAAUUUUCAACACCCCAAAAAUUGCUGCAAACCCUAGCUAUGGGUUUUGUCUCACAAAAAAUGUAGCAAAACCUUGCAGAUCUGACCCCCCGGGUUUUGUUCUUCUUCUGUUUUGUUCCUUCUGUUUGCAUUUGUUUGUUACCAAUAGAAUUGAAGACAUGGAUCAAUAAAGUGUUUAUGUGUGGCUGCUUUGUUCUUUCGAUGAUUUCUAUGAGACACAUAUCGAUUUGGUUUUGAGGAUGAUGCACGAGUGAGAAACGAAGAGGGAAUGCGAGAUUUGUGGAUACUUGAUUACAUAUGUUACGACGUCUUGGGUGGUUAAUCGGUUUGAAUAGUAGAAGUGCACAAGCAAAGAAGUUACCAGAUGCAAAGCCUCACCCGGCUGAAGUACAGCCGGUGGUAAUGUUGGAUAGUGUCCAGGAGAUUGCAAUUUACAUCCAUAGGUUUCAUAACCUCGAUCUUUUCCAGCAAGGAUGGUAUCAACUGAAGCUUACUGUUAGAUGGGACAAUGAUGAGUAUGCUCCUGUAGGAACACCUGCGAGAGUCGUCCAAUAUGAAGCCCCAAGUCUUGUUUCUGAUGAAGUAUUUGGAGUAUGGAGGAUUGAUGAUACGGACAACAGUUUUGCGACACAGCCUUUUCGAAUCAAAUAUGCGAGGCAGGAUGUUUAUCUAUCUAUCAUGGUUGCCUUUGAUCUACCUAUUCCUGAAAAUGAGGGUCCUCCCUUAUCAGCUGUCAUCUUGAAGUUUGAGCUUCUAUAUGCUCCUGUAUUGGUGAACGGUUCUGAUUUUCAGGCUUCUCCUGAUUAUUGCCCGGCUGCCAUCCAUGAAUUCCGAAUCCCUCCUAAAGCUCUUUUAGGACUUCAUUCUUAUUGCCCUGUUUACUUUGAUGCAUUUCAUGCUGUUCUGGUGGAUGUAAGUGUUCACACGACUCUGCUAAAAGCUGGCUCUCGCAAGGUCCACACGAAGGUACCCAGCAUUGCUUAUUCUACAACUAAUGAUGUUUCUGGUGAAAGCAUUGACGGAUCUACUCAGGCACUGGAUCAAGUGGCUUCUACUGAUCUGAAACAGGUCAUGCUUGUUAAGGCAUUAUUAAAUGCUCGUGACACACUGCUUGCGGAGCUGCAAAAACUUAGUGAUGCCAUUAACCAUGCUAUUGAUUUGACUGAAUUUACCUCCAAAAUGAACGAUAUGAAGUUGUUUGAUUCCUUUCUGGAAGAACCGGUUGCUGCUGAUGCUGAAGAUUCAGCACAAGGCAAGCCACAAAAUGGUCUUGAGAGAGUAAAUGGCAGAUUAGAGUUUCAAAGUGAUAGAUUGCUCCAUAAUUUAUCGAAGGAUGAUGUCCUUAAAAUAUUUAAUCUAUCGGGUGAUCAAGUGUUUUAUUUAUGGAACACUUUCCUGAAUUUCCACAGGGAUAGUAAAACACGGAUAUUGGAUGUCCUUCGUGAUGAAUGGGCUAAAGAUCGAAGAGCUGAAUGGUCAAUAUGGAUGGUGUACUCCAAAGUUGACAUGCCUCAUCGUUACAUAAAUGGCAGUUUUGAUGAGUCUUCCCACCAAAUCGUGCAUAAGAGGGGUUCAAGUUUGUGGAAAUUAAUAGAUGAUCCUGCGCAGAUGGCAGCUAUGCGGGCUGAGCUUCAUCGGCGAAGUAUUGCACAAAUGAGGAUGAACAACCGAUCAAUCCAAGACAUGCAAAUAUUUGGAGAUCCUUCAGGAAUUCCUAUUGUAAUUAUAGAGCAUGUAAUGAAUGCAACUCAACGUACUUCUAGUGAUAACUUGUACACGAGGAACUUGGACAUAAUAGAUUCAAUUACCGCAAGCACUGUUCCUAGUUCUGAAGCUGUGAAAAAGCUAUCAAGUGCAAGUGCUGCUCAAAUUGGCCGUGAUUUAAAGAUUGUCAUCUUUGUACAUGGUUUUCAGGGGCAUCAUUUGGAUCUGCGGCUUGUUCGGAACCAAUGGCUUUUGAUAGAUCCCAAGAUAGAGUUUCUUAUGUCCGAAGUAAACGAAGAGAAAACAUCUGGAGACUUUAGAGAAAUGGGACUAAGGUUGGCGCAUGAAGUCAUUUCUUUUGUUAAAAAGAAAAUGGAUAAAGCUUCUAGAUCUGGACACUUGAGAGAUAUCAAACUUAGUUUUGUCGGGCAUUCUAUCGGAAACGUUAUAAUAAGAACAGCAUUAGCAGAGAGUGCUAUGGAACCUUACCUUAGAUUCCUCCAUACAUUUGUGUCUCUAUCUGGUCCACAUUUGGGAUAUCUAUACAGUUCAAAUUCUUUAUUCAAUUCUGGACUGUGGCUUUUGAAGAAGCUCAAGGGGACACAAUGCAUUCAUCAGCUCACUUUUGCUGACGACCCUGAUAUUCGUAACACAUUCUUCUACAAACUUUGCGAGCAAAGAACUCUGGAAAAUUUCAAGCAUAUAAUCCUCCUUUCUUCGCCCCAGGAUGGUUAUGUUCCGUAUCAUUCCGCCAGAAUCAAGUCAUGCCGGGCAGCAUCAAUGGACAACUCCAAAAAGGGAAAAGCAUUUCUAGAGAUGUUGAAUAACUGCUUGGACCAGAUACGCGCUCCUACAGCUGAGAAUCGGGUGUUUGUGCGUUGUGAUAUCAACUUCAACACAUCCUCUCAUGGCAGGAACUUGAACGCAUUAAUUGGAAGAGCUGCUCAUAUAGAGUUCUUGGAAUCGGAUAUUUUUGCUCGGUUCAUAAUGUGGUCAUUUCCAGAUCUAUUUCAAUAAUUAUUAUGGGAGUCGGUGAUUUCUGUUUCUAGUUCCCGACCAUCGUUUUUAAGUUGUAUACUUGUCUGGUACACAUUCCGAGCAUCAAGAUGGUAGCCGCUGUAUAUUAUCAGGUUUAAGAUGAAUCUUCCGAAAAGCUCCCUUAACAAUGAGGACCGAUGUCAGUCCGGCAAGCGUGUACUUCUAAAAUGGUGAGUUAGGAAGGCCAAGCUUUUUAUACAGUAGAAUGUAUUCUCAGUAAAACUAGCAACAAUGUGAAAUCCAGUAGGGAAUUUAACUCCAUAGAGAAAUGAUGUAUGUAUGUGAUGGGAAUGAAUUCAACAAAUGAUUGAUGCAUAAUAGAUAUAUUUUCAGUUAA